GAUGCACCUAGAACAGAAUCUAUACCAUUGCAUCAGUUGAUGCAGUUGUGGGAAGUCUCGUGAUGUGUUGUGUCACAGAUAUCUCUCAAAACGCUCAACGGUAACAUCUUACUUCAGAUGUGAGAUUAGUAGCAAUCUUAACAAAAGAAAGCAAUAGUCAUAAACAUUUGGAUACAUUACAGAGAUAAAGCGGAUUCUAAAGACCGGGAGGGCUUUACCUUUUCAUGGAACAUGUUGCAGCUGAAGAAUGUGUUGGAUACAGUGCAACAAGUUGUAGCCGAUGGAUGUCAUCUAACGAGGCACACAAGUGAUUACAUUUUAGAAGCUGGAUUCAAUGGCGGUGUGGAUAUCAAUCAACAAGGCUUCUCUUUCUAGCUUUUAUCACUUAGGCCCUCAUGUCUAUGGCGUUGCAUACAAACUAAAACAAGAAAAUUUGUCUUAAACUCAUUCCAAAGUUUGUAACUUUAUUGUAAUUAAAUUUUGAAAUUUUGGAAAGAGACGUUUGUAUAAAAGAGAUUUCACAUGUGGAUGAAAUCUGGCGGUACAAAGUAUAUCUUCAUCUUCUUCACUCUUCUGCUUUCUUUUCCGAUUAUGAUGCGUAAUUGAGCUUUUGGGUCAGCAAUGGCGAUCCUGCACUUGUCAACUUCUUCACUGAUCUCGACGAUAACCAACUCACGACGAAGAACGAUUAGGGCUUCGCGAGAUUCCGUCAGAACCCAGAAGAAUCUCAUUAAGACAGAUUCUGUCUCCUCUUUCAGCUUAUGUACCUGUGGAAGAAGGCAUUUUCUUGGAGCUAUGACUUCGAUGCCGUUUCUUCCCAUCUCUCCCUCCUUCGCCUCUGCUUCUUGCUCAACGGACGAUUUGAAAAGAUUGCGUCCUCCAAAGCCAGAUUGGUAUGAGGAGCUCUUCGCUUGGUCAAUGAACACAGAGAUGGAAUCUUACGAGAAAGAGAUUUCUGGUUACAAGAUGAAACUCUUUGAUAAUUUGGUUGGAAAAGCAGAAAAGAUUUUGGAGAUUGGCAUUGGAACAGGUCCCAAUUUCAAGUACUACACAACAGUUAUUCCAAACGUUUCUGUUCUUGGUGUGGAUCCAAACGCUAAAAUGGAAAGCUACGCACGCAGAUCCGCUGCAGAAGCGGGUUUAAAACCCGAAGAUUUUAGAUUCAUUCACGCUCUUGGAGAAUCUAUUCCGUUAGAAGAUGCAUCGGUUGAUGCAGUUGUGGGGACUCUCGUGCUUUGUUCCGUCACUGAUGUCACUCGAACACUCAAAGAGAUAAAACGGAUUCUAAGACCGGGAGGGAUUUACAUUUUCAUAGAACAUGUUGCAGCAGAAGAUGGUUCAUUUCUGAGGUUGGUGCAGAAUGUGUUGGAUCCAUUGCAACAAGUUGUUGCCGACGGAUGUCACCUGACGAGGCACACCGGAAAGUAUAUUUUAGAAGCCGGGUUUAAUGGCGGUGCAGAUAUUAAAAAGGCCUCUCUUUCUAGGUUUGCUUACAUAAGCUCUCAUGUCUAUGGGGUUGCUUACAAUUAGAAAAACAGGAGUGUGUCUCUUAAACUCAUCCAAGGUAUGAUAAUGAUUGUACAUAUUCAAUGAUAUUAAUAAAUCUAAUGAUGGUGGUUGUCUAUUUUAUAUAGUAUUAGGUAAGUCUGAUAUCGAUAUGGGUGUGACAGGGUGUACUUGUUGAUAUAAAAUAACUAUUGUGUAUUUUUAAAAGCUUCAAUCUUGAAAGUAUUAUUCUGUAAUGUUCGAGUCCCUAGAUUAGAUUAGAUUAGAUUAUUCCCUAGAGAUCUGGAGACAGUUCUAAAGACUAUAAGGUCUGCGAUUGU